CCCAGGAGUGAGCAGCUGCUCUCCGACGACCCGACAGACGGACGCACGGACUGCCCUACCCCCAAGACUGCCAACCAGCCAGCCUGUGCCCUCUGCUUCCCUCCUCAGCCCUCGGUGUCCAGCAGAACCUGCUUUGCUCUGGGGUUUGCAAACUCGUGGGAAGAAGGAGGCACUCCCAGUCCAGCCUCGCAGGCACACCCACCAUGUGGCCCCUGUGGCCCCUCACGGCCCUGCUGGCCCUGAGCCAGGCCCUGCCCUUUGAGCAAAAAGGCUUCUGGGACUUCACCCUGGACGACGGGCUGCCCAUGCUGAAUGACGAGGAGGCUUCAGGUGCCGACACAACCUCGGGCAUCCCAGACCUGGACUCCCUGCCGCCCACCUACAGCGCCAUGUGCCCUUUCGGCUGCCACUGCCACCUGCGGGUCGUUCAGUGCUCCGACCUGGGUCUGAAGGCUGUGCCCAAGGAGAUCUCACCCGACACCACUCUGCUGGACCUGCAGAACAACGACAUCUCCGAGCUCCGAAAGGAUGACUUUAAAGGGCUCCAGCAUCUUUACGCCCUGGUCCUGGUGAACAACAAGAUCUCCAAGAUCCAUGAGAAGGCCUUCAGCCCCCUGCGGAAGCUGCAGAAGCUCUACGUCUCCAAGAACCACCUGGUGGAGAUCCCUCCCAACCUGCCCAGCUCCCUGGUGGAGCUCCGCAUUCAUGACAACCGCAUCCGCAAGGUGCCCAAGGGCGUGUUCAACGGGCUGCGCAACAUGAACUGCAUUGAGAUGGGUGGGAACCCCCUGGAGAACAGUGGCUUUGAACCUGGAGCCUUCGAUGGCCUGAAGCUCAACUACCUGCGCAUCUCUGAGGCCAAGCUCACCGGCAUUCCCAAAGACCUCCCCGAGACCCUGAAUGAACUCCAUCUGGACCACAACAAAAUCCAGGCAAUUGAGCUGGAGGACCUGCUCCGCUACUCCAAGCUGUAUAGGCUGGGCCUGGGCCACAAUCAGAUCCGCAUGAUUGAGAAUGGGAGCCUGAGUUUUCUGCCCACCCUGCGGGAGCUGCACUUGGACAAUAACAAGCUGUCCAGGGUGCCUACUGGCCUUCCGGACCUCAAGCUCCUCCAGGUGGUCUACCUGCACACCAACAACAUCACCAAAGUGGGCGUCAAUGACUUCUGCCCGGUGGGCUUCGGGGUCAAGCGAGCCUACUACAACGGCAUCAGCCUCUUCAACAACCCCGUGCCCUACUGGGAGGUGCAGCCGGCCACCUUCCGCUGCGUCACUGACCGCCUGGCCAUCCAGUUUGGCAACUACAAAAAGUAGAGGCGGCAGCAGCCGCCAAGGUGGCCUGGGCAGGGUCUCUCGGGACCAGAGCAGAUGUCCUGAAGGGGGACGCAAAGCAAGGGAGCGAAGCCAGUGGUCAGCUGCACCCGACCCAGCCCCACCCUUGAUCCCCAAACCCCCACUCACUGCCCCCCAAUGCCCUCGCCCUGGUUCCCAAGUGUGCAGGCAGGGCAUGAGGCCCUUGGCUUCAGACCUGCCCCUGCCCCUCCAUCAUAGCCACGCAGAGGUGCCCCCCAUCAAGCUUUCUUCCCAUUCACCCCAAAACCAAAUUGUCUGAGGCUCCAGUCCAAGGAAAAUGAUCCCUGGGUCUGGGGGGCCAGGGAUGGAGACAACAGACCCCACUGAGCCCACCCCACCUUCCUGGCACACAUCCCUCCUCAGCCUGGCCUGCUACCCUUGUCCUCCCAUACCCACUGCCACCCUUCUGCAAGUUCGUGGCCACCCAUCCCAGCCUCCUCGUUCCACUGGCCCCUGGACCAGUCCUCUCCAUCUCUCUCUGUCUGUCCCUCUCUCAUCCUCCCUCUCCUCCCUCACAUCUUUGGGCUGGGUCUGGUCUGUGUCUCGCUGGGCCUCUGCCCAGCCCCCACCCAGGCAGGUGGGGAUGGGGGACAGCUGCCCCCUCCACGCCCAGGCCUCGCCCCCAAGCCUGGAUGAUCCUACAGGAGGCCAGCAGGCGGAGGCGCUGCACCCCCACCCCGUGCGCUCAGCAGUCAAGGAGGAGUGUUGGACUCAGCCAGACCCUGAGAGUCUGUCCCCUGGGAGGGAGCCAGCUGCCCCCAGAGUCCGCAUCGCGCUUCUCACUGUCCCCCUCCCCCAGAUGAUGGCUGGUCUCCCCUCCCCUUGCCUUCUGGCCCCUGGUGUGGUGGGGGUUCCAGCGAUCACGCCCGGCUUGAGGAGGGGCUGCUUCUGAGGUCGGUCGUUGUCUUUCAAUUAAAGAAACACUGUGCAAUA